CUCUAUCUCAACUAACCUCUGUAGUCUCUUUCGUCUCUUCUUCGCUCUUAUUGCCGAGCUGAGACUUUAUCCCUCCUGUGCUGAUCUUCCAAUCUUUACAUAAAUUUUGAUUAAUUAGCUUUGCGGUCCUAAAAUGGGGAGGAAGAAGAAAUUCAUCGACAAGAAGAAGUCGGCAACGUUCCAGAUACUCGCCAGAGACUCAUCGGAUCCGAAUUACCAUGCCGGGCCCUCCGGCGACAGAAUAUUUUGCAGAGUCGACAAUAAUCCAUACUCCGUUGGCGGUUUCGACGAAGGAGACGAGCCGAACGACGGCGCGUUGGAUGACAACCGUGGUGGUAUUUGUGAUGACGCGGCCGACGAUUGCGAUUCCGAAGGGAACGACUUCGGCUUCGGGCUUUCUGAUAACGGAGCUCAAAAGAAGCCGUUGCCUGAUCAUGUAAGGAAGGAGAUACUGGAAUUAGGUUUUCCGGAUGAUGGAUACAACUAUUUGAUGCACUUGAGAGAGAUUAAAAACACUGGCGGUGGUUCGGCUUAUUAUGAUAACCCAAAAGCUGAGCUCAACCAGGUUCCACAUGAUGUCAAGGCAUAUGAUGCUUCAAGAGUGGAUGUUUCAAAAGUGGUGGAUGAUAAUAAUGAUUCCAAUGAGAAGGUGAUAUAUAAUGUGGCUGCAAAGACUGUGGGUGUUAGAAUUCAGAAGGCAGUGGAUCCUGAGGUUGCUGCAAUGCUAGAUGACAGUGAUUUAUCGCACUUUGGAUCUGAUGUGGAGGAUUUAGAUGAAGAUUUUGUUAUUAAGGCCAAUCUUCCCGAAGAGUCGUUUGAUGAACAAGUUGACGAGAAGUUGGAGUUUGUCAAGACUACUGAGGUGAAAAUGAUAGCUACCAAUGAUUUGUGUGGGAAGGGAAAUAUCAGAGAGGGGGAUGGCUGCUUUGAAGAAAAGGCAAGAGUUCGCCGAGCAAUAGAUGAGCAGUUUGAUAUGCUUGAACUUAAGGAAUAUGGUUCAGAAAGUGAAGAUGAUUUUAAUGAUUAUACGUAUGAAGAAAAUGAUUGCCAGCCAUCUCUUGCAGAGAAGCUCAAUCGCACCUUUAAGCUCUAUUCAGUGGAUGGGUCAGAAGUCAAUGGGACUCAAAUGAUCCCCUCAGAUCUGUUUUAUAACAAGGGGAUGGUAGAUAAUGAGGAGGCAAUGGAAUCUGCUCCUGAUGUUAUUGACCGGUGCAAGGAAUAUGCAGAGAAGUAUGAAAAUGAGAGUCCAGAUGAAGAGGCAGAUCUUUUUGAGGAAAGCAGUAGUGAAUCUGAAAUAUGGGAUUGUGAAACUAUAGUUUCCACAUAUUCCAAUCUUGAUAAUCACCCUGGAAAAAUUGAAGUUCCAGGUGCGAGGAGAAAGAAAAAGUUGGCUACUAUCCCUGAAGCCUCAAAUUCCUCUGCACCCAUAAUAUCCCUAAAAGGAAAGGAGAAGCUUCCUGUUGACUUCUUGCCUAACAGGGGAAAGGAUUCUUCAGGAAAGAAAGAAAGGAAAAAGCAAGUUGCAGAUGAGGAGGAUAGUGCCAAGUCUAAAGCUGAGCAAUUAAAAAGGAAGCAACAUGGUCAAGAGUCAAAGGAGGAAAAGAAAGAAAGAAAGGCUGCUGUCAAGGAAGAAAAGCGUGAAGCCCGCCGUGCCAAAAAGGAAAUGAAGGAGCUAUACAAGUCUGAAGCCCACCAGGCUCAGAAAGUUGCUGCUUUCACUGGUCCAUCUUGUAGACGUCUUAUGUGAGCAUGCACCACAAUUAUUCUUUUCAUGCAAGGUAACAAGGCUUCAGGAAAUACUGAUGGGCGUGUGGAUUGAAGUUAUCCUGCUACUCUACUUUGUUCGACAGCAGUUGCUAUACAUAACCACUCUUUUGCAGAUAAAGAGGGCAAUUUUGGUUGGACUGGAUAAUGAUAUGAAGAACAUUUUUUUUUCAUUUUAUCUUAAAUAGUUAAAUCAUGCAUGGGUUCUAUAAUAUUGUACAUGAGCUUGCACAUUCUUACUUGCUCAAUAUGUACUUUGAUGAAAGGGUGAUCAAUACAUCUUUUUGGAUUUGUGCAAAGAUUUAUUUCUUA